AUGCCGAAUAAAACGAAAAAGGACAAGGAGUCCCCUAAGUCAGGCAAAGUGGGCAAGAGUGGAGGACAGGAGAAUUCAGAGCAUGAGCAGAGCUCGAACAGGAAGGCCAGCAACAGUGCUCCUCCCACCACUCAGCUGCUGAAGGGGAAGCAGCCAGGUUCGCAGACACCUGUCAAAAAGGACAAGAGGCAGAGCUCCUCUCGUUUCAGCUUGAGCAACAACAGGGAGCUGCAGAAGCUGCCUGCUUUUAAAGAUGUUCCCCCCGCAGAGCAGGAGAAGCUGUUCAUCCAGAAGUUGCGGCAGUGCUGCGUCCUCUUUGAUUUUGUCUCGGACCCACUGAGUGACCUGAAAUGGAAGGAGGUGAAACGGGCGGCGCUAAGCGAGAUGGUGGAGUACAUCACCCACAACAGGAACGUAAUCACCGAACCCAUCUACCCAGAGGUGGUUCAUGUGUUUUCUGUGAAUAUGUUCAGGACAUUGCCGCCAUCAUCUAACCCCACGGGUGCUGAGUUUGACCCAGAAGAAGAUGAGCCCACGCUAGAGGCUGCAUGGCCACAUCUACAGCUCGUCUAUGAAUUCUUCCUACGGUUCUUAGAGUCACCUGACUUUCAACCAAACAUAGCCAAAAAGUAUAUUGACCAGAAGUUUGUAAUGCAGCUGUUAGACCUGUUCGACAGUGAAGACCCCAGGGAAAGAGAUUUUUUAAAGACCACUCUUCAUCGCAUCUAUGGCAAGUUCCUGGGCCUGCGAGCGUACAUUAGGAAACAGAUUAAUAACAUAUUUUAUAGGUUCAUUUAUGAGACUGAACAUCAUAAUGGAAUAGCAGAAUUACUGGAAAUAUUAGGCAGCAUAAUCAAUGGGUUUGCGUUACCAUUGAAAGAAGAGCACAAGAUAUUCCUGCUGAAAGUUCUGCUGCCUUUACACAAAGUCAAGUCUCUUAGUGUUUACCACCCACAGCUGGCCUACUGUGUGGUACAGUUCUUAGAGAAGGAUAGCACCCUCACAGAGCCGACGGUAAUGGCUUUGUUAAAGUAUUGGCCAAAGACCCACAGUCCGAAAGAAGUGAUGUUCCUCAACGAGCUGGAGGAGAUCCUGGACGUCAUCGAGCCCUCGGAGUUCGUCAAAGUCAUGGAGCCCCUCUUCAGACAGCUGGCCAAGUGUGUGUCCAGCCCGCACUUUCAGGUGGCAGAACGAGCUCUGUACUACUGGAACAAUGAGUACAUCAUGAGCCUGAUCAGUGACAACGCCGCCAAGAUCCUGCCCAUCAUGUUCCCAUCCCUCUACCGCAACUCCAAGACCCACUGGAACAAAACGAUCCACGGGUUGAUCUACAACGCUCUGAAACUCUUCAUGGAGAUGAACCAGAAGCUGUUUGAUGACUGCACCCAACAGUUCAGGGCAGAGAAAAGCAAAGAGAAAGCCAAGUGGAAAGAGAGAGAAGAAGCCUGGCUGAAGAUCGAGAAUCUCGCGAAGUCAAACCCACAGUUUCUGAUAUACAUCGACUCCAUAGACUCAGGCUCUCCGAUGGACAUGGAGACAGACGGGCCGCUGCUAGACGACGUCAACAUGCUAAAGAAGACAGUAGAGGAGGAAGCCACACAGAUCCAAAAAGAUCAGCGUCGAGAGCGUCCACUGAUGAGGAGAAAAUCAGAACUCCCCAAGGACAUCUGCACUGUCACAGCUUUGGAGUUGCACCGGAGAGCCGAGGAAAUGUUGACGACGCACGACGGCCACUAAGAGACCACCCCAGAUCCACCAUGAAACCAGCAGCAGCAGCAUCCACAGAGGAACCACAGGCCCGCGGCGGCCAGCACAACGACAGAGCUCUGGUAUCUCUCAGCCCAGCACAACACAGAACUGAACAGCUCCACCUGACACAGAAAAUGUCUAAAGCCGCGCGUCAAAGCCCGAUCCGGCUUUUUUUGGGACACACCCACACCUCUCUCUUUUAUCCACCUGGUUAAUGUCCAGCAGAAACGUCAGUGGUGCUGGACGGUCCUGCAUGACCACGACGUGCACCGAGGCCCCGAGCUUCACCCAAGAUACUGUAGUGUUGUUAUCUCUUCUCUCCUCCCUUGUUUUCUUUCUUCUGUCCUCUGUUGUGUUUUCAGGGUGCUGUGCUGCCCCCUUCUGGUCAUUUCUCUCAGGUGUUCUGUUCUGUGUGUGAGCUGUCUUCUCUUCUUGCCUCUUUAUAGAUGUCAGGUGCUUGUACAAAUAAUAUGAGCCCCCCCUCCCCGCCCCCCCAGCUGUAACCUCCACAGAGGACUCCUUCAGUUUAAUUUCUAAAAAAGAAAAAAAAAAAAAAAUCAGUUGAUGAGAAAAUGUCAGUUGUUUCUAUAUAUUUAAUAUUAGCUAUUUUUCUCAUAACAUUUAAACUAGACAGCUGUUUAGAUUUUAUUUUUUCCUACAUAGUAUAUUAGGAGCUCUUCUCAGAGUGAAACACAUUUCCUGUCUGUAUAACCGCUCUGUUCGGCUGUUUGUUCCAUCAGCUGUUUGGAUUCAUUGAUCAUUCUGUUAAUCAGGACAGGGUCACCCGGGUCUACAGCAGAGAGUGUCUGGAUCAAAAGCGUUACAGCACAACUCUGUUCAUCGAACAGCGCCGGACUAACAGAGGUCUGCGGUUUUUCAUCUCAAAGAUCUUUGUGUAGAGGGCUUGUUAGGCGCCAGUUUCUCAGCAAGUUGGCUCCUUUCUUAAAGGGACAGUUCACCCCAAAAUUAAAGAUAAGCUGUUUACUCAUAUAAGCAGUUUUUGCUUUUUCACAUUUUCUAGACUUGUCCCUUCACACAUGUAGCACACAGCUGGAGAUUGUGUCAGAAGCAUGGCGCCUGGGUAGAGCGUGCAGGAAGCAGGACAUGACAUGGAAUUACACCGUGGUCAUGUAGCUGGUUUGUAAAUCCAUCAUAAACCACAAAGUCUCUCGCCAUUCCUUGACUUUGUCUUAUGAUUUCAGCUUCAGCAGUUUCCGAAUCUCAUCGCCUCGCUGACAUUUUCAUUGCAGUCUUUGUGUAAAUGACUCUUCUUCUUCUUCUUCUUCUUCUUCAACCUUAAAUGUUUAUUUUCCUCCAGUUUUGCGCAAACUGCUAACAGAAACAUCACCAACACACCCACUCGCCUGCUGCGAAUUCUUCGGAAAGUUACCCGUUCUGUUCACACAUGGGCCAAUCCAACUGAUUCGGACAUUUGCAUCCUCACAUACAGCUUCCCUGGGUGAUGUCUAGAUAAUUUCAGGUUUGCCGUACAUGUGUGAAAGCAGCUUUACACAUUUUCCCUCUGACUUCUAGUGCUAUUUAUCAGUCUAGAUUGUUUUGGUGUG